GCGGUUAUUAAAAAAAAGAGAGGGCCACAAAGAAGAGAGAGAGAGAGAGCGAGACAGAGAGAGAGAGAGGAAGAAAAAGCAAAAAAAGAAGGGGAAGGACAAGCCAAUUCCGCUCGAAUCCAGUGAGACUCGUCGGUGAAAUUGCUCUGUCAACUUCUUCUUCUUCUUCUUCUCUCUAACCGCCCCCGUUUUUACUCCUAUGUCAUCAAUGUUCGUUACAAGGUCUAAUCCCGGGGAUACUCGAUCCAGAAUAGUUUCUGCACAAACGAUUUCCGACAUCCUCGAUAUCCAUGGAAACGAUUCUGAGCUAGAAAGUCAGGCUGUCCGGGAACCACAACUUCCCGUCCAGCUCCACCCUACCGUGCCUGACUUAGAUAGAUAACUGGAAAUAUCUACGAUUUUCUUAAUUUGAAUGGACCCAAAGUUACAUAGGGUUGAGUCGCAUGGUUUAGAAACAAGCUGCCAGAUCCGUU